UCGUUUUAAGUAAAAAAAAAACAGUUGACUUUUUUACAAUAUUGGACUGAUAAGAUAUUGUGUUCCACGACUUGUUUGUCAAUGUAGUUUUACCUGUCAAAGAUUACUAAAACUGAUAUAAUUAUUUGCUGCUGAGCAGCUUGAUGCGCUCAGUACCAAGUACCUUCCUGGCAUAGGGAGGUCCUCUAUGGUGAAACGCACAUGUACUUCCUAAAUUAAAUUGAAGUUGGACUUGUAGUAGCCUUGGUAGAAAUGUCGUGGAUAGCGAAAAACACGUUGAGCUGGCUACAAUCUCUUGUUGUCAAGAUACUCAAGACUGGCCGGGUACCCCAUCAUGUAGCCAUCAUCAUGGAUGGUAACAGAAGAUAUGCUAACAAGACUGGGGUGGAAAAAAUCGAAGGACACAGUAAAGGUUUUGAAAAAUUGGCAGAGACGUUGCAAUGGUGUCUAGAAUUUGGCAUUCCAGAAGUGACAGUUUAUGCAUUUAGUAUAGAAAAUUUUAAACGGAGCAAAGAGGAGGUUGACUGUCUUAUGGAUCUUGCAAGACAGAAAUUCCAAAGGUUACUUGAUGAAAGAGAUAAACUGAUGGAGCAUGGACUGCGAGUUAGAGUAAUAGGUAAUUUAUCACUUGUACCUCAAGAUGUUCGAAAGCUUAUGGCAAAAGCAGUAAAAAUUACAGAAAACAAUAACAAAACAUUUUUAAAUGUAGCGUUUUCUUAUACUUCGCGAGAUGAAAUGACAAACACUGUGAGAGAAAUUGUCAAAAGCGCAAAAAAUGGUAACGUAAAUGUUGAUGACAUUGAUGAGAAUCUAGUUUCCAAGUGCCUUUACACGCACAAUUCCGAGGAUCCAGAUUUACUAAUUCGAACCUCGGGAGAAGUUCGUCUGAGCGAUUUCCUCAUGUGGCAAACUAGCCACACUUGUAUUUACUUCACAAAGGUUCUUUGGCCCGAGUUUAGCGCAUGGGAUUUUAUCUCGGCGAUAUUUUAUUAUCAAAGGUGUUACAGUGAUAUCGCAAGAGUGAAGAAAGAUUGCCAACACAAAGUUUCUGUGUUAGAUGAUAGAACUAAUCGUUUUGUUGAAAAAUUACACAAACAAAGGGAUAAUGUAAUAGAAAAUUCGUCAGGCACAAUCCAGUGAAAUACAAAGCUGACAAACUAUAUUUUUUUAAUGUAAUAUUUGUGUCCAGUAACUACGUGCACAUUACGUGGAAAUAUUAAAUAUUUAUGAAGUGAAUGUGGUUAAAUGCUUAUUUUCAA